UCGAAGCCACGCGAUCCUCAUCGCCAUGCCUCAAUUAUUUCCGGGACUGAGCAAAAAGGGUAACGAGGCUUCGCUCCCGAUGGAGAUGUGUUCCACAUUUGACCACGAUGAAAUCAAACGACUAGGUAAACGGUUCCGUAAGCUCGAUCUGGACAAUUCGGGUUCACUGUCGAUCGAUGAAUUUAUGUCCCUACCUGAGCUUCAGCAGAAUCCACUCGUUCAAAGAGUUAUCGACAUAUUUGAUACAGACCGUAACGGGGAAAUCUGCUUCAAGGAGUUCAUCCAGGGAGUGAGUCAGUUCAGCGUGAAGGGCGAUAAGGAGAGCAAGCUUCGAUUCGCUUUCCGAAUUUAUGACAUUGACAACGAUGGGUUCAUUUCAAACGGGGAACUAUUUCAGGUGCUGAAAAUGAUGGUCGGUAACAAUCUAAAGGAGGCGCAGCUGCAGCAAAUUGUCGAUAAAACAAUUCUAUUCGCCGACAAGGACAACGAUGGAAUGAUCUCGUUUGAAGAAUUCUGCCAGAUUGUCGGAAACACGGAUAUCCAUAAGAAGAUGGUAGUGGACGUUUAGGCUUUUCACUGUGAACCGACCUCCUUGCAAUGGCUUCUACAAAUUGGAAGUAAUAAUGAUUAAAGCAAGUAGAAUCCCGGACCUCGAGAUGAUGGGUACUCAAGUCCUCCUGAUUCGGGAUCCUCGUUCUCCUGGAGCAGAAUGAUCUCACCAGUCGCUGUAGAACCGUCGCUGGUUGUCAUCGUUCAAACCUUACCGGAAUAUUGAAGAGCACAGCCUUGCAUUCCGAAGUCUCCAAGACCAGUCGUCUCCAUAGUUUUUGCCAAUGGAUAGUUUGUAUCCUAAAAGGAAAGAAAAGGAGAGCGUCGGAGAAUCGCUUGUAAGAAAAAUGGGACAACUGGUAUUAAACAAAACGAUAUAUCUAGAGGGAAAAUUGUAAGGCACGAAUCCGUGACACUGACCAAGGAAAUUUAGUUGACUAGAAGAAGUGCCUUAUAGCUGAGGUCAAAGAUGGAAUAAAAAAAAAUGUUACUUCCGAAGACUAUGUUUGGGAUCGUAAUGGUCAUGAUGACAAUAAAUGGAUUAUAAAGUAUCAAGAAAAGAGUAAAGGACUAACGAAAAUAUUACCUUUACUACGAAACGAAAUGUAAGUAAUCAUUACUAGAUGGUAAAAAAUCUAGCACAAAAUUCAACUACUCAUGAUAAGUAUACAAAUGGGUCGUUAAAUAAAAGAGGAAAAUAGAACACAUUUAAUCGCGUCAUCGACUAUGACAGGUUUACCUACAGAUGACGGAUUAAUGCAGUAGGAAAACGUGCAAACAAGGAGGACGGCAACCAGCCCAUUGAUGUAAAUAAGAACGACACACUGUUUUUAACCAUCAUGCAACCGACUGGUGAGGUCGAACUUCAGUUCUAUAAAUCAUUUAUCGUUUUCGGGGAUGAAGUUCCUUUUCGGUAGAAAGCAGAGAAAGAAGCGAAUCUACAAAGAGCAAAAGAUCCUACGCAGAAAAGAUGGUACUGCAAACAUACGGUAAACAGAAAAGUAAGCAUUGAAAAAUAGGUCAAAUAAAUCAAUGAUUUUGAAGAAGCGGAUGGGAGGGAAAUGGUUAUUGCGUCGUACGCGAAACUGAACGUCUUUAGCGUCUUCCUGCGGUGUAUUCAAUGGAGAUCAAACGAGAUAGAGGUAAAAGAAAUUUAAACACAAUAUUAUGAUAAUAAUAAUAGUGAUAUUAUUAUUAUUAUUAGUAUACUUUUCUGCACUACCUACACAGAAACAAUGUACUACCACGACUACAUAUACAUGAAUAUAUAUAUAUAUAUAUAUAUACACACCGUAGAUAAAACUAUGUUAAUGCACAGAUUGACUCUCAUCUAAGCACAUAAUAAUAAUAUUGCAGUACACUUUGCCUACAAUGUUUAGUAGGGUACGAAGCAGAAAAACAGAAAAGUGUCCGGUAGAAUACUGAUUAAAAUUAUAAUAUUAACAAUAGAUCAUGGCAUCUGCAAAAUCUCUACCCUACAAUGACGGUAUUACUGAUAUUUUCGACAAUCGUAUCACGAGCAAAUAGCCGAAUGGACGAUCUGUAAACGCAGAAAAAGUAACAGCCGAAAAUAGCAAGCGUUGCCCGACAUUUUUUAUAUUAUAUAUUUGGUACAACAGAAGGAUAACUGUGUGGUCAUAUGCAAAUCUGAUGCGACAAGCCAACCUAGCAUUGACUCAAUGGUUUGAGCCGUUUGAAAAAACCAACCGUCGCUAAUAAUUGCCUGGCCAGUCAGUCGAUGAGUGAGCCAGUUUCAAAGCGCGGUCCGCUUGUGUUUUUACUGAACGGUACUGAUUUUUAUCCGUCUAGACAGCGGCCAAGAGAUUUCAUUAGAAUCGCCACUCACUUAACCUGUGAUGGGGGCCCGUUCAAUACUACCAAUACUGGCUAUCGUCAGCUAGCCAAAAUGAGAAUCGACUCCGCAACCGCUUGGUGUCGUACACAGCGUUAUUUUCGUGUGGCGUGCACGUGUCCAUCACGCUCACGGGCCUUAAUCAUAUUUUCUAGUACACCCGUUAUCGGCAGAGCGCCUAGGCAGACGGAGGUCGCUCUUGGACCUCGAUAGCCUCUAACCGGCAAGCCACCUGCGGUUAGCAUACAUCUUACCGUCUUAGAUUACUCUACAGGAAUAGACCGUACAGUAAGAGCGCCAAAGCCAUAGGACCGCCGCAUUCCUGCGUUCACGCAAAGGUGUCACGGACCUGAAAUCUACGUGGCUGUGAAACAAAUGAAUUGUGUCUUUGCCGCGCAUGUAUCUCUACCCUUUUGUUUGACAGAAGGCUGGUAUGAAAAGGUGCGUCAUAGGGAUCGUUUGCGAACAUUACAUCAUGCUGUAUAGCCAUUAUGCCGUAUAAUACUAUCGUAAACCCUGCCGGGAGAUAAGAGCGAGAUCCGGCAGAACAAGCACAGGAGCACGACCAGCCAUAAGCCACUGACGAAUCGUCCAAAGGUUUUUGUACACUCUUCAGUCGUCUAUAUGGGAUAGCGCGAAGAGAUCUUUGAAUCUUAUUGGACAAGGCUUCGAGAUGCAACAACGUGUACAGUAAAUACGGUACAGUUUGUAAAGUACCAACGAACGCCAGGCUUUGCAUCUGUUCAUGGCAGCAUGUCUUCUGAUAGGAAUGUUUCUAGGCAUUUAAACGUUGUUGGCAAUGGCGUACUAAUCGUUGAUGUACCUUUAGCUGAUUGCGAAGCUGAGUAAAUGAAAGUGUUAAGUGGGCAUUAAUGAGUAUAUCACCGAUAAAAGCUAGUAAGACUACUAUAUAUCGUCGACAGUGUUCUAUGUUUUAUUGAUACAUCAUGCUGUUGAUUGAAGCCUGAAAACUGAUAGCUUGUUUUUGAGUUUCGCAGUUUGUCGAUGGCUAACGAUUUGGUUUGGCUCCUCGUAGCAUAUUCUUGUCUAUAGACGAAAAACACGUACGGUAGAAAACAAAAGAAGCCCCACUCGUCAGCUGGGUGACAAUGUUAACAACUGUUGGUUUCAUUGCUGUCUUAGCGGUUUUGUACUAUUCCUGGCUGGCUGAUUUGAAGCAGAAAUAGAAAGGCAUAGCACAGAUAACAUUUUCGAGUGGGGCUAAAUAUCGAGAGCUCCUCAGAGGGUCAAUGUUCUCGAUGAAAGCUCUUGUUUACGACGAUCGUAAUAGAGCAGACGAAACCACCAACGUGUACGUGCCAUACUGCAAAGAAAACAGCCAUAACAUAAACAACUGUACGCGUCUCUCCGAGACUAAACAAACAAACAAACACAGUAUACUAAUUAUAUAGUAACCUCAUCAUGGUACACGUAAUUCUACAAUGUAUAACGCCUGCGAACCGUGGCUCGUCCGGAAUUUUUCAGAAUACUCCUUUUCUCUCUGGGACUACCCGAAAUAUUUUGAUUGCUGUCUCUUAGCAGGUUGUAAGCAAACACUGUCAAUAGAAUACGACCAUUCUGAUUUACAGAGUGCAAUAAAACUCAAGUACACAACUAUAGAUGAUAUGCAUAGGCGAAACAUUUCUUUAAAGCAAGUAAUCACGGUUUAUCAUCCAUCAGGCUCUUAUAAGAGAGUAUAUAAGAGUAAAUGACCUUACCUGAUGAGUUUACGUUAGCACAGACCCUUUUUUGCUCUUUACGCUGUUGUGUCCGACUUAUGCAAAUCUGUCUAACGGGUCCUGUCAUUUACAUGUUGCAAUAAGGAUCAUUUUGUAGUUAUAUACGACCGCAGCAAAGGUCAAUCAGAAUCUGUGGACAGAAGAUGAAAGUAGCAUCUUGCUAUGGACACAAUAAAUUGUUAUAUGUGAAUUUACUUGCACAUCAGUUAUCGAAAAAAAAAAAACAAAAACACACCUAUAUAUAUAUAUGUUUUUUUUUUGGUUCCAUAUAGUAUGAAUGUGAAUUGUUGAAUGAGUAAUUUUAUAUCUUUGUUAUUUAAUUAUAAUUAGAAUUAUCUUUAAUUUAAGCAAUAGUUGACCUUUCUGCGUUCAGAAUCACUUGCUAGCUCGACAAUAUGAAUGACAGUAUGAGUAGUAAUAAUAAUAUAAAAGAUGUUUGAGGUUUGUUUUCUAUAGGGUGUGUCUUUAUUUGUUUAGUUAAGAAUGUUUUGGGUUUGUGUUUGUUUUCAAAUUACAUAGCUACCUUUUGCACUCUAAUUUAUUGCAAUAUCGAAUAUAUUUUAUUGACACAUCUCAUUAAACGGCAUAUCUGCCAGCGUUUUUGUUUUUUAAAUUUCAGUUCGUAUUUAAUUUUUAAUGAGCAAUGGAAAUAUUUCGAUGGAGAGAUAACGAGAUGAAACAACAGCUUUUACUUACCUCUAUCUAUUAAUUAAAUCUAUUUUAUCUUGUAGAGCGUAACGAAGCCACACAAUGCGGAAGUGUCGUUUCCAUAAAGGGGCACGUAUAGCUAUAACAGAUAACAUUUGGCAUUGCUAUCCAUCUAAAUGGCAGAUAAUGGUCUUUUAUAGUGCUGCGUGGUACGUUUCAGAGCAGUCUAGGGACAUAAAACAACGCACGAAACGCUUCUGCCAUCUGUAUUAGGAAACAACAAUGGACUCGACCGGUAUGAAUACCGUCCAUUGUACCGAAUAGAAACAAGCCAUUAAAAUUUUGCCCUGACGGCUGGUACCAGCGCAUCCCUCUGUUAUUCAGAAAGCAACAGCAUCAUAUGAUCGAUAUGAAAGGAGAGGAAAGUAGCUGAUUAAAAAGGAUCAAUCCUGAAGAGUCAUCAGUAAACGAACGGGAACGCAGUAUGUAAAUGUUGUUACCCCGCUACCGCUAGAACAUGUAAUUAUUUUCGAGUUAAUUCAUCAAGUAAUAGCCUUCCCGAGAGAUGUGAUACUACACAUUAAGAGGGCGAUGACAGGUCGUUACAAGGGAAUCUCUUCGCCGACCUCAAUGCCUCCCUAUAACCACUGCAAACACAAUAUAUGUUUUACAAUUUCAUUAUCUAACAGAAGGAACAGAAAAUUGCUUAACCCAAAGAUAAUAGUAGGGUGAAAUAAUGCUGAUAUAUAGACAAGGGGUACUUGAGUCGGGUCAGGUAGAAAUAGGAUAAUUCGAAAUAGGUUAACGUUUUUUAGACCAUUACUGUGGUUUCUUUAUACGAAUAAGCUUGUUAAACGGUACCGGGUCUGCAUGGAAAGUAUUCGUGUAGCAUUUUUAUCAGCUUGCAGUUACGGCAGUAGAACUGCCAGAGCUGAAUCAGUGGAUGACUGUUGACAAUUGGAAGCAAGCACUCGCCACAAAACUCGAUAUACACGAUAUGAUAAAUAAACGAAUUUACGGACCUGCAUUUACCUGACCGUCUGCAUUAUUUCAGACACUAUCUAAAGUGUAUAUACAUAUAAUCGAGAUGCGCACCAUGAUGCACCCCUGUGACUGUUACUAUUAUUUCCCAAAUACUUGAAAUGCAUUAUGCCUAUUAGUAGUUGGUGUUCUUCUCCGCAGGCUUUUCAAACGAAGAGCGGCACUAAAGUAACGCGCUCAUUCAUAUCCCAUCGUUAGGCCUCUGUCGUAUGUCGCAUUUCAUCGGAGUGCCGUAAAGGUGUUUUGCCAUUUGGGGGCCAUCUAAUGCCGUGGAAUAUAUGCAUAGUGUAAUUUUUUUAGAAGUCUUUGUGUGUGAUGAAAGAUAACAGAGGUCUGUACUCUGAGAUCGUGCUCGAAAGACCAAGUCAGUUGGUUAAAGAUGAGUAUGUUUAGUCGAUCCUUAUGAAGUCGGAGAGGGCAACGAGAUGGGCGCAUAGGAUGACUUGGUCGACAGCCAUACUCAGCACAAAUUAAUUACAAACACAUGAUGAUUCCUUUUAGUAUGUUUCUAUGUCUUUUUAGCAUUUGACUGUGACCGCUUCAGCUCGUAGGUUGAAGAGGCGCAUGCAGUCAGUUUCUCGUGAUGUAAAAAGUGUUUGUUUAGCAUGUCAAAUGCCGCUCCAUUCAGUUGUCAUUAUGGAUGUUGUUGUAGACGUGCAAUACACCCACGUGCAACAGUCGAUCGUGCAAUAUAUAUAUAUAUACAUACUAGGCUACAGGAAAAUACACAGACGAGGUGACGAGAGACCACAAAUGCUAACUAUAAUCAUUAAAAAUGAAAUGUGCUUAGUGACAACAGGAGCGAGGAUAGUAGGAUUCGAAGCUACGAAAAUAUAUUAUUGCAGUUAUUAAUCAGUAUGUGAUAAAAUAUAGUUGUUUCAUGAAAGUUGUAACAACGAUCGUUUUUUUUUUUGUUUAGUUGAACCGUUGCUCUUACGGAAAGUGCAAAGGAUUGGAUGAUGUAUAGAGUAGAAAUAUAUUAUAUUAAGAUUGCAUCAUACAAUACAUUUCCCCUCCAUUCAUCUCUCUACCGACAGUGUGCUAUAUACUGUUGUUCUACACGGUGUUAUGUAAUCUAUUAGCUUCUAGGGUAUGCAGCCGACAAAAUAUGCGCGGUAAUUUCAAACAGGCAUGAAGUAUCUCAUAAAAUGCAACUACUUUUUUGGUCACUUCUAACUUACUUAGGAGCAACGACUGAAUAACCGUUUUCGAGUCUAUUCUUUUCCGACAAUUCACGUUUAACCAUUCGUAUCUGUAACUUGCCUGUAACAAGUUAUCUAACUGUUAUUAAUUGCGCUUAGGAACAGUUUUUGAUCAAAUUGAUUUCAGGAAAAUCAUGUCACGACAUGUGUAAUGUUACCAUUAUUUCCGUACAGAUAAAGAAAGAAUAGCUAAGAUCACAGUUGUAAAAGGAAGAUGAGCAUUGCGCAACUUGAGUUCUAUGAUGUAAAAUAAUGUCAACUCAAAAACCACAAUAACACGACAGUUAACGAACAUCGACCAACUUAUGAAGCUUAUUGACCUUUGUGCAUUAGGACAGAUCACGCCACAAUAUCAACUAACAGGACAAUAUACGUGUGCAUGUACAUACGUCAGUUUGACAGUAUGUACAUUCAAUUCAAUCGGAUUUAGUGAUUCUUUAUCGUUCCGUUGACAAAAACCACUCUAACAGAUAUAUUCCAGCGAAAUAAAAUUUUGCAUUGUGCAGUAGA